GCACAGCUCUCUGGGAAACGCGACAGAUUCCAGCGACAAACGGUCAUAGUCAAAAUGGGGCAAACAGCAAGCAGACCUAACUGAAAUUUUUUUUAAAAUUGACAAGGCAACUGGAAGCCCAGAAUGCUGUCAUCUGCGCUGGUGGAUGUGGAAGAGCUGCGUCAUGAAGUCCAGGAUCCUGAUUUCAAUGCGGACGAGUAUCUGGAAUCGUACAUUCAGCGGAACAUGGGAGUUUUCCCCGGGAGCAACACGGGUCAGCUGAUGAACCUAACCGACAUGAAGCGUCCUUCCAGCACUCCGACCACUCCUCUAGGAGACUCGCCUAGUAAGAAAGUGUCGCAGUUCGAUCCUGUGCGCUUACUGCAGAGCCUGGAUGAUCUGUUCGAUGCGCUGGUGCAGAUGAAUAAUCAUUCUGCUCUUAAGUAUCACCAGUGCGAGGCUGAUGUGGAACGGAAGGAAAUGCAGGCGACAGAACAGCUACAGAAACGCACUGAACGAGUGGAAGAAAGCCUGGAAAAAGUCGACAAAUUGGAAAGCGAACUGACAGAUUUAGCCCGAAAAGUGUAUUAUCUCUGCGAUAAUAUUAAGUCCGUCAGUGAGCCGCGUGAACGAUUGAAAGACGCCAGAAAAUUAUUGACUUACUUCAUGGAACUGAAUCAGGACAACCUGGCAGAAUUUACAUUUCCGGAGUUGAGCAGGGAGCGUAGGACAGUGGAGGAUUUUAAGCAGGCGGAAGAUACCAUUUUGCGGUUGUACCGGAUUGCGAAAGAUAUGGGAACAGCGGAAGAUAAAAUCUACAAUAAGGCCAGAGAUCGGAUUUUCGACUGGUAUGCGCAGUUUCAGAAUGAACUGGUUAUGCUGUUCACUACCGCUCAUCGCCAGCGACCAAUGGACAUCUACACCAUGCAACAAACCGCAAAUAUUUUGCAGAAUUUUCAGGCCGGAUAUCAACAGUGCAUUGCCAGCUUCGUACAGCGUUCGGCAGAAGCGUUGAACAAUGCCUCCAUUACGGACAUCUUUCGGAAUGUUGUGCAGAUCUGCGAAGAUACUUCGAAAAUUGUCCAUGAAAUAUUUCCAGCACCGGACACCAUCAUGGAGAAGUUUAUCUCGUACAUUAUUGAAGACAAAGUGCGCACCGUGGUGAAAGCGAAAUUGGAUACGAAAAAUCUGGCGGAAGGUCAGGAAGGUUACUUGCGCGAUCUGUAUGAGCUGCACAAAAAGACAAAAGCGCUUGAACAGUCCAUGGCUCGUUUCCGGUUGUUCCGGAUGGAAAAGAUUAUGAAGACGUUGUUUGAUGCUUACCUAAACACUUACAUGCAGACCGAGGUGGCGUUUCUGAAAAACCGCUGUACGGGAAUGGUGCAGCAGUAUUAUGAUCACCUGUUGACGGAUUGGCAUUUGCCUAAGCCGGGGCCCAUUCAGAUUCUACCUGACAAAAAAGAUUUCUUUAAUGUCGGUAUUACUAUAAUGUCAGCAAAAACUAUUCCGGCGAUAAUCUGCGAUCAUCUCAAGGAACGACCUACAGAUUAUUUGGAUACACAAACGAUAAACGAAUCCUUGGCGCUCAAUAUUCUCCAUGAACUGCGUCAGAGCGCCACUCGGGCUCACGCACUAGCUCCAGAAGAGCAGUUGGGACACUGCCUGUUGCAGCUGGGACAGGCGAUCAUCACCCAUAUUGUACUGAUUCAUAUGGACUACGGAUUGGAGAUUGGAACGAAUAUGCUGCCGCCGUUGGAUCCUAAGAGUGAACCAAACUUAAUGUUCCUGAAAUUAGUUCACUUGUGCACGGUAAUGCACAACCUGACUGUCCAGCAGCUGAAUGACUCGCUACGUAAUCUUCCCAGGUAUCCCACACAGUACCAGAAACUGCGAGAAUUGACACGGGAAGCCAAAGAACGCCUGGAGCGCAAGUCCAGUGCAGGUUUAGAGCACUGCUUAAACGCGGCGAUGAACUGGAUCCACGUUCUUUUAUCACAGCAGAGAAAAACCGAGUACGCUGAAACCAAGCAAACGUUUUCGGCCACGAGCACGGCGCGGAAAGUGGCACAAUAUUUUUUAAAAAUUGUCCGCUUAGUGGAGGAAUCCGUGGAUGGACUGAACCGGGAGUGUGUAUUUAUGGAAAUGGGGUUUCGGUUUCAUCGGGAGAUUCUAGACCGACUGCAGGAACUGCCCUACACCACCGACGGGGUGAUGAUUUUGAUUUGUGAUGUGAGUGAAUAUCGGGAGUGUGUUCGCUCGAUGAAGGUGGAUGCGGUAACCAAAAUGUUUGACCAGUUGCUGUCCUUGUGCAACCUGUUGGUGGCCCCACCGGUUAACUUGCCUAGCCUAUGUGAUAGUGUUUAUAGCGUGUUGGAGCAGAAAGAACCAAUUGCGGCGUUUUUAAAAUUGCGUUCCGAUGCCAGGGUAAUUGGAGAUUACGUGCGUUCCUAUUUGUAAUAUUCGCGUGCGCAUCGUUGCUCGGUCCACCGUUUUAUUGUUAUUCCCGGCAUAUGGAAACUGGGUUGGAUUUAUAUAAGAAAAAAUGAAAAACUUACAAUAUCGCCUCAAUAUUUAAC